CGAGGAAGGGCAAGGAAUGUGAAAAUGUGUCGUUUAAGGACUGUUGUGGUAGCAUCAUCCACUUGUUUGGUAGCUGGAGGCUGGAUAGGGGGCGAGGUAUUUUAACUCGCAGUCUGAUGAGGGUUUGCAAUUGUAUUCUGAACUGAGAGGAAAGGCCAGGCCUAUUCGUAUUAGCGACGUUGUGCCUUCGGUGUCAGCAUCCACUGCACUGACCCCGGCUGUCCAACCAUCGCCACUCUCCUCGGCUGCCACUGGGACUGUCGCAGACGUCAUGAAAUUUGGCUUCCCAAGCUUUGGAAAUAUUAGAAAUUAUGGCGAGUUUGUUGUUUCGUUUGACAAAAGGACAAGAAAUGCCAACUGGGUAUUUGAACACAUAACUUCAGACAGGUUAUUGCGAAAAGACCAGGAGGCUGUGGAUCGGACAAAAUGUCAGUUUACAGAAGACAGUUCUAUCCACCCAUAUUUCCGCGCAACCAAUGAGGAUUAUAAGAGCAGUGGCUAUGAUCGUGGGCAUUUGGCUGCAGCAGGCAAUUACAGACAUUCUCAGAUAUCAACCGACCAAACCUUUUUACUGUCAAAUAUUUCCCCUCAGGUUGGCAAAGGAUUCAAUAGAGAUGCCUGGAACAGCCUGGAAAAACUGGUCCGAGCUAUCGCAAGGAAAAAUAAGUCUGUGUACUUAUGUACUGGCCCCUUAUAUCUCCCCCAACAUGAUGAUAAUGAUGGAAAACUGUAUGUUAAAUACGAAGUGAUUGGCAAAAACCAUGUGGCCGUACCAACGCAUUUCUUCAAGAUUGUUAUCAUAGAGACAAACACUGGAGAUUAUGAACAGUUGUCGUUUGUUAUGCCAAAUAAGGCAUUGCCACCAGAUGUGCCUCUGAAAAAUUAUCUUGUUCCGGUUGAAAGCGUAGAAAGAGCCGCAGGCCUAUUGUUUUUCGAAAAGUUACCAAAAAAUAAGUUAAUAAAGGUAAAUCACAGUAAAAGAUAGCAUACUUGCAUGUGUAUAUAUGAGAUUUGAUGUGUGGUGUGCAAGAAAGAAUAGAGUAUAAAACAAAGAGCGCUAGUAAAUUUAUUUGAUUAUAUCCAAGAUACAUAAUGCAUGUUUUUAAUUUGACUUGCAACAGACAGAAGUAUUUAUUUAACUGUAUUUUUGUGCCAGUAUUAAAAGUUGUUUAA